AUGAAAACAAACAUGGCGGUCAAAUUGGAUGAUGUUUCUUCUCCUCAACUCGCGCUUAAAUUUUCAAGUUCUUCCUUCGAUCCUGAUAAAUAUGUCAGGGAUCUGUCUGCGAAGUGUGACACUGAUGCUGAACUUCAGGAUCAUCGAAAGCGUAUUCAGACUUUAAGCGAAGAAACUGCGGUUAGCUUGAAGAAAAAUGUUUAUAAGAACUACAUGCAGUUCAUCGAAACAUCAAAGGAAAUAUCAUAUCUAGAAGCAGAAAUGUAUCAGUUGGGACAUUUUUUGGCGGAGCAAAAAGCGAUACUCAGCAGUCAGGAAGACAUGUCUUUAUUUGGAACACAAGAUCCUAAUUCUUCAAUGAAACCCUCAAAGAAAGAUGAAAAAGGCAGCAGCUCAAUAGAAUCAGUAGAGGGUCUGGCUAGUGUCCUAGAUAUCACUGAUGUGAACUGUGUUUUUGAGGGAGACCUGGUUGAGGUGGAUCCAGAAACAUUUCUUCCAAAAUCUAAAAUUCAUGCCUUCCUGUUACAUGACAUUAUGGUGGUCGCAAACAUCAUUCAAAACAGGCGUGGUCCAGUUCGUUUUAAGUUCCAAAGCCUGUUUGAACUAGAAAAUGUUGCAGUGGUGAAUAUGACAAGUGCUGAUGGUUUGAAGGAUGCUUUCAAGGUUUUUCUGUUCCCAGAAACUCAUGUGUAUCAAGCUGAAAAUAAAACAACCAAGAAAGAGUGGUUGGAUAGGAUUGAAGAAUGUAAAAAGAACUUUAAACUGAAGCUGGAACAAGAGGUUAAUGAAGGUGGCAGUGAAGUUGCAUCCAAUACAGAGAUUACCAGCAGUUCAGAGAAUUCCAAUCCUUUUGUUGAAGAUAGUGGAAAAAAUCCAUUCGUAGAGGAUGACAACAGCAAUCCUUUCUCAAAUAAUUAUGAUGAUGACAAGAAUCCAUUUAAUGAAAGCAAAUCCACCAAUCCUUUUGAUGAAGAGGAGGAUGAAGGGCCUGUUUCUUCUUCCUCACCUAAUUCUGGAAACUCCAAUGUUGUCAAGGCUGGAAAAGGUUGGCUUAGAGAUAUGCCAGAAGAUUUAGACAUGUUCAUAGCUCAAAGGGAUUUUGAGAGGGCCAUGGAGUUAAUAGAUAGAACGAAAAAAUAUUUGAAAGAAAACAGCAGCUCUCAAGCAGCAAAAGAAAUCAAAGUUCGCCUUGAUCGUCGAGUAAAGCAGUUGGUAGAUGCUCUUAUUGAUGAGUUGGACUCUAGUCGGAGCUUUCUACUUCAUGUAGGACCACGAGCAACCAGAAGAACUGUGUCACUGUUGGUUAGACUGGGGAGAGCUUCUGAGGCAUGUCAGCUUUUCUUGAGGAACAGAAGUGAAGCCAUCAAACAUGCUAUAAGGCAACUCAAGAUUGAAGGGGCUACAUCUCUAUACAUCUCUAAGUUGUCCACCGCGUUCUUUAGUAGCAUCAUAGAGACUGGUAAAGAGUUUGAACAAGUUUUCUCUGCUAACAGAGGGUUUAGUUCAGCCUUUGUCGUGUGGGCCAAAAGUGAACUGAAGCACUUUGUGUCACGCUUUUCUAAUCAAGUAUUCAGAAGGGAGAUGGGUUUAGCAGCUACUGGUGUUUGUGUUAGCAUGGCAAGGCAUCAGUGUGAAAAGCUGCAGGAGAUCGGCCUAGACUUAACAUUUUCCAUGCAAGAGAUGCUUCUUAGAGACAUUGUUGAAGCACUCCUUGACACAAGAGAUCAGAUGGUGAAGUUUUCAAGGCACAGGGCCAUGGAAACAAAUUGGAAACCAAUGGAGUUUGAAGGACAUGCAGAUCAGCUUGGAAAAUUAUGUGAAGAAAUGGAAAGCCUGGGUAUUGAGAGUUUUCAACAACUUGUUGAUGGCAAUAAAGUGAACCUGAGCAGUGCCACUGUGGCUUUUAUUAAAGGAGUGUUGGGCUUCGUAGGAGACGGAUUAACAGUCAAUACACCACAGCUUCAGCCAUGGUUUGUCGAUUGCAUUGGGGAUUUGUUUGAAAACCAAGUGGUUCUGUUCGAGGCCAUUCUUAAGUCUGGUCGGUAUGCAAGCCAACGUGAGUUCAUCCUUAUGAAUGCUUCAUUUGUCUUUGAAAUUACCCUUCCUCUGAUUAAAAAGCGAUUGAAGGUUGGGACCAAUCCUGGUCGUUUCAUGGAAAUAAAGAGCGAGUUAAAGAGACUUCAGUCCAUUACUCCUUCAAGUGAUGCGACGGAAGGAAAAACUGGCAAAUGAAAAUGUGAUAACAUCUCACCACUAAUGAUAAAUUGUUUUCAAGAAGACACUUCAUUAUAGUCUGUUCAAAACAGAACUGAAAACAAAAUAACAGAAGUAACCAAAUGAGAACUUCAAUUUUCUUGUAUCUUACAGAAACAAAUCUUUAUUUCUAGUGAAUUCAGUCUGAUAAUGAUGUACAAUUAUUGUUUCGAUACCGAGAAAAGUUCAGUUAUCGUUGGAUGAGAAGUAACAGCUGUCCUACGCUCCAUGCGCAUGGGCGAGGCUGCAGUCGAGCCUUUCGUCCGCCUAUGAUCGUUUUUGAGUGGUGGGGGAAUCUUUUAUCUGUUUCCCUUGGAGGGAAAAUUCUUGUGACGUUUUCAAUUUAAUUUAGUGCAGAGAGAGCAGUAAAAUUACCCUGACUGGUCUUAAUAACGCGCUCAUUGGAAUGAAAGAGUUAAAUUGUGAUAUUAUCCUUGUCACCCUUGCAAAAAGGGCUCUACAUUCUUUGUUUCUUUUUUAUCUGCGAAAGAGGAAAAUUCACCACAUUCGUUUUGCAUAGUAAUGCAAUGACGGUUACGCUGCCAAUAUUCGAGUUUUGUGCAAAAAAACACUUUGAGUCCUCAAGUCGUGGCUAUAAGGGUUAAAUAGACUCAGAGAAUGAAUUUGGAAACCAAAUUACCUUUCCUUAUUAGUAGAUUUUUAACCACGAAAACCAAUUUGGUUUUUUUUUUUUUUAUAAAAUCUUCAACUGUAGUGGAGUCGACCCACUCUUUAAUUAGUACUGAACAUUACAGCGAAAAAAUAAAUGAAUUACACGAGAGAGAGAAGCUUUAUGGUUGUUUCGGCGUUAAUUAACAUUAAAUGAAGACUUCGUUAGGCUGGAUCACGAAAAUACUUGUGUGUUUCACCGGAAGCCCCGAAAAAAAACUGCAGGUAAUUGUUUCUUUGUGAGUCUAAGCAAUCACGCGCCUUUGUAUCCGUAAACAAUAACGCUAGCAUUAGCACGUUACACAAACAAUGCCAAACAAAUGUACGGGCGGAUGUGAUAUUAACUCCAUUCUUAUACAAACAGAACACUGGAACAGACUUGUAUUACUUCGAAUACUUAGUUCAGUAUUUCUUGUCACGUUUAUCACGAAAUGUAACAUGAACCUCGCUUUUUUACAGCUCUGA